UUUUUCAUGGUAACAUUUAGAGGCUGGUCCACGCGUCACACACCAUCACUUGUGUGUGCGUUACUACAUGGAGACAGCUGCUACGCACUUGGAGACACACAGACAGAUGCAGAGACAUGAUAUGACAUUUGGACACGCGUAAUUUGCGCAUUUGGAAAGCGGUGCGCGCGGCGAAUGCACCGCUGUGUGUGUGUGUGUGUGUGUGUGAUGAUUUGACUGUUUCUGCACGCCUGGUGAUGCUGGAGUGAGUCCAAGGAUGCUGCGGCUUGUCUGGCUGCCGGAGUGCCGCCGCGCAACGAAGGGCUGCGCCCUCCAAAACUGCUGAACAGGGGAGGCGCGGAUCAGGCGUUUGUGCGCGUUUGCCGACCUUCUGAUCUGACUGUCACCGGGGGAAUAACCAGCUAUGGAUCACGCCUGGGACAUUUAAGCAUCUCCUGCGGUAAUAUCGCUCUCUGCUGGGACUGUGGGAGCGCAGACUGUUCCUCCUUCCCAGGCUGCAACAUGGGGAACAGUUUUUCCAAUUUGGGUGCCUUCCAGUCUUUGCACAUAGUCAUGCUCGGCUUGGACUCUGCGGGUAAAACCACCGUGCUGUACCGGCUGAAAUUUAACGAGUUCGUCAACACGGUGCCCACCAUAGGCUUCAACACGGAGAGGAUCCGGCUGGGCGGAGCGGGGGCCUCGAGGGGCAUCAGCUGCCACUUCUGGGACGUCGGGGGCCAGGAGAAGCUGAGGCCCCUGUGGAAGCCCUACAGCCGCUGCACGGACGGCAUCGUGUACGUGGUGGACUCCGUGGACGCCGAGAGGCUGGAGGAGGCCCGGACCGAGCUGCACAAGAUCACCCGGUUCUCGGAGAACCAGGGGACCCCGCUGCUGGUCAUCGCCAACAAGCAGGACCUGCCCCGCGCGCUGGAUGUCGGGGAGAUCGAGAGGCAGCUGGCUCUGGCGGAGCUGAGCCCCUCCACCCCGUACCACGUCCAGCCGGCCUGCGCCAUCAUAGGAGAGGGGCUGGAUGAGGGCAUGGACAAGCUGUACGAGAUGAUAGUGAAGAGGAGGAAGUCACUGAAGCAGAAGAAGAAGAGGCAGUGAUGGCAUCCUGAGAAAUAUAGAACUUUGCACCAUAAUAUCAUCAUUGAUCACCGAUGAAACCAUAACAAGUCUCCAUAUAUGACAUACAUAUAUUAAUAGUGAUGCUACAUGAGCUUAAAAAAUACCAAUACUGUCUCUCUAAACUCAUUAGGAUCUAUAUGAUUGUAUAUGAAUGUUAGAGGGACAUAAUGAAGGAAAAGUUGUCUAAACUACCAACAUUUUAAUUUGCAGAGAAUAUUAUAUAGUAUAUGAAUGAUAUUAACUCACAAAACAAUCAUAAUAAUCUUACAUUUCUGGGAAAAUGUAUUGAUGCUUUGCCUUGUUCAACUGUUUUAACCCUCUUAACAGGCAGACUGUCUCCAUAAACUCUCUGAGUGAGGACGGUUUCAUUAUAGCGGAGAUAUUUUAUAUGGAUCCUCUGGCAGAGCGCCCUGUUGCUGCCGUGUUGUGCUGUGCACAGAUGUGAGACUGUUGUAAAUGUGGUUAGGGAUGCACUGAUGCUGUGAGGUGGUGUUACACCAAAGAUGAUUCCCCUGAGAAGACUAAAUCUCUUCCAUCCUCCAUUGUUCUGUUCUGGCUGGGUCUCUUUGUUAAGGCUCUGGAGGGUGCUCAGUCUAAAUAGCAGUUAACUAAUAAGGUCACUGAGGUCUCAGCAUUGUAGGAACAAUUCUUCCUACUUUUGUAGCAUGGUUAAAAAUAAUUGUCCUAAAAGGGCUCCGUGCUGCUCACAGGUUAAUUUAGACAGUAAUAAGCUCAAUUUUUGGAAAACAGAAAUGGUAAUGUGUUGCAUUUGAUGCAGUUAUGUGUGACAGUGGUUUAACAUUAUGAAAAUUACUUAUUGACCCCAUGCUCAUUUUGCACUUUGAGAUAUUUUCUCUUGCCCAGAGAAACCUCCUGUGAUUAUAUCUCCUCUGGAAGCCAUAUUGGAGGUCUUUGAGCUCUGUGUCCACAGUAGAUGUCUGUCGGAUUUUGACUGUUCUCCUUGGAUCUGCAACAAGCUUUUAAUCGUGUACAUGUAGCUUUCUGUUUUUAGCCUGGGUGCAGCAUCACCAGGUUUCCUCUCAGUAACAUGUUAAACAAGUUGCCAGUAGACACCAUGUUUUAGUUUAGCUGCAAAAAGUGCAUUCGCUAAAGAAAAUUAGAGCUCAGUAAUCUCCAGCUGCAUUUGCUGCCAAAUACUUGUAGAGAACAAUUUUGUUAUAAGAAAAUGCUAGAUUCGUUGCUCUUUCUUUGAGAUAUAGAGAUAUCUGAAAACAGAAAUGUAGCUUUGCACCAGCUUCCCUUUGGAAUUGGAUCCACAAAUGGAGGCGUAGAGACUGGUCCACCCUCAAAAACGCCCCCAUAGGUCGUUUGUGCAGGCAGCAAAAUACGACCCAUAUUUACAUUUUAGACUGCCCUCUAGUGGGCAAAAUAAUAAUGAAUGACAGCGAGUUUAAAUGGCGUAAUUUAUGUUGAUGUGGUGGAUGUGUCGAACAGAAAUCUGACUAUUAUCCAGAAGAAUAGGGUAAAAACUAAACUAAAUGAUGUGAUUUAAACUUCCGUGCUUUACAUUUUUGCAUCACGUUUUUAUGUAGCUAUGUUACUUCCUGUAGUCACGUCACCCUCGUAACUACUUUCUGCAUUUACAUACAUUUAUUUACCUUUUAAACUGUCUUCUAAGCAGGAACUUUAUUGCCCUCAACCUAGUUCAGUUGUUUUGUUGCUUAAAUUCAUCCAAACUGCAGCUUUUUUUUUUUACAAUCUCGAACCAUACGUGUAUGUAUAAUGACGUUUGCGCUCCACUCUGUACCGCGAACCGUGAAACCCUCAUGUGUGACGUUAUGGUUGGUUCUGACAAACAAACUGUUCUGUCGUUUAGGCUGGAGAUCUUGUAGCUUAAGUACAGUGGUUGAAGAGGCCAAACCUGCUACAACUCCGAUUCCAAAGAAGCUGGGAUGCUGUUUGAAACAUAAUUAAUAAUAGAAUUAAUACAUUUCAGGAUAAGUGUAUAUAUUUACAAAAAAAUUGCACUGUCUUUGCACUGUAGUCAUUCACUACUCUCACUCAAUCAUUGCAUUCAUUUUUUUGGAAUUGGGGUUGUAAAACGCAUACGGUUACCAAACAAAUGAGGAUAAUGGUUCAAACUACCAUCAUGCAUUGAAAGUUUUUCCCAACAACUUAUAACAAAACCCUACAGUCA